AUUCCUGCGCGCUUACAGUGACGUCUCUUCCUCCUUCUUAUAUUUUAUUUUUUAUUUUUAAUAUGCAAAGAACAGUUAAAAUGUUCGCUAGAAUACCACUAGAAACGCCAGGCUGUAAUAAAAACGGCGUUCCGUUCCUCUUCAGCUUUCGCUUCUAGGUUUCAGGGCGAUUUGCAGUCUCGCGAGAUUUGCGUCGUCCGCCUUUAGACUCCAUGAUCUGCUGCCGAGCGGUGCGCCGCGAUCAUCCCCGCGUGCGUACAUGACGCUCCUCCGCGCGUCGUGCGGCGCUCAUAUCUCCGCUCGAAUGGACUAAGAGUGAUCUCGUGAGGAUGGAGAGCGUUAUACUGAAGAAGAGCCGCGCUCUGAGCGUGGCCUUGAGAUCCACAGCAGAACACAACAACAACAACGAUGAUGAAGAAGAUGAUGAAGGCCAGAGAGCGUCGAACCCCCGUCAGACGCGUUCAGACGAGCCUCGGACCCGAAGCCAGAGCCCAGCCGAGCUCAGCGUGCUCAGUAAAGCCAGCAGGAGCAGCUCGAGCCUGCUGCUGAGGAGGAGGAGGGUGAAGAGGCAUGUGUCCAGCAUCAGUCGGAGUCUGGACCGGCAGACGCUGCUGAGACACAGAGCCAGUCCUCCUCUGCAGCUGUGUGACCGGCAGUGGGUCCGGCAGGAGCUGCGCCGCGGCUGCAUACACGUGAGCGAGCGAGAUCCGGGCUCUCAGGGGUCUCAGCCGGUCCCCGUACUGUGCUCGGUGGAGAGCACCGCAGCAGAGAUCGCCCAGCGCCUGCAGCAGGCCAGCGGUAGACCCGGCUCCGUCCUGAGGCUGACCGCCAGGAGCUGCCCAUCUACAGACGUCCCCGGGACCUGUGACGGAGAGAACCCGCUCACACACCUACACACGGGGCCCGAGGGCCUCAGGGACCAGCCCAGCGACCGGCUGCGGCUCCUGCUGGAGUACGACAGCUACACCGCGCCCGGACUGGACUCCCCGCAGGACCAGGACUCGGUCAGGAGGAGCGCCGGCUCCGAUGUGGAGAGCAGCAGUGCGUGUGACGACCUCAGCUCCGGGGCCCGCUUCAGCCAGCACCGGGACUCGCUCAGCGACGACAUGAUCCUGGGCACGGAGGCCUCGGGGUUCGACAGCAGCGCCGCAGAGGGCCUGGACACAUACGGCAGCUCCUCGGACGAGCUGGAGCUGGACUGUGCCCCGGAGCCCGUCCCGCCGGGGCCCCAGACGGAAGAAGCCGAGGCGGGUCUCGCUGUGAGUCCGGACACGUGUGAGGAUGGAGCAGUCACGCCGUCCGCCUCGGACCCCGGCCCGGCGCUGUACGUCCAGCUGCACGGAGAGGCCGCCCGGCGCCUGGGGCCCGAGGAGAGGCCCCUGCAGAUCCAGAACGACUUCCUCUUUAAACUGGGAUUUAAGGACCCGUGGCGUGUCCAGGAGGAGGGCAUGAACACUGAGCUGGGGUCACUCCUGCGCUUCUACGCAGGAAAACCUCACAGCAUCGAGAGCUCCGAGCGCAUCCAGCUCUCCGGAACAUAUAACGUACGGAAAGGAAAGCUGCAGCUGCCAGUAAACCGCUGGAGUCGACGGCAGGUCAUUUUAUGUGGCACUUGUCUGAUCGUGUCCUCAGUGAAGGCCAGCCAUACGGGCAAGAUGCACAUUCUGCCACUGAUCGGAGGAAAGGUGGAAGAGGUGAAGAAACACAGUCACUGUUUGGCCUUCAGCUCAGCAGGACCUCAGAGUCAGACGUACUACAUCAGCUUCGACAGCUUCACCGAACACCUGCGCUGGCACCGGCAGGCGGCGAAGAUGGUGUCUCAGAGGAUCAGCUCGGUGGAUCUGUCCUGCUGUAGUCUGGAGAAGCUUCCUCCUCACCUGCUGUACAGUCAGGAUCUGACGCACCUCAACCUGAAGCACAACUUCCUCCCCGCUGACCAGACGCUGCUGCAGCUGCAGAGAUUCUCUCGCCUGCGGAGUCUCAAUCUCUCUCACAAUCAUCUGGGGAGCUUCCCGCUGCACAUCUGCUCCAUCAGCUCUCUGACCGAGCUCAACCUCAGCUGCAACCUCCUGACCUCCGUCCCCCCCGACGUGGCCAACAUGAGCCAUCUGCAGACGCUGGUUCUGGACGGUAAUCUGCUGUCUGAUCUCCCGGUGGAGCUGGGCCGUCUGCAGCGGCUGGUCUAUCUGGGUCUGUCCUUUAAUGAGUUCACACAGGUGCCGUCGGUGCUGGAGCAGCUGCCCGCCGUCGAGAGGCUCUGCAUGGCCGGGAAUAAAGUGUGUGUGCUGACACUACAGGCCUUCCGUCUGCUGACGAUCAAACACAUCGACCUGCGUCUGAAUCAGAUCUCGUCGGUGCUGCCGGACGAGCCGGAGUUUCUUCAUCACGUGACACAGCUGGACGUGAGAGACAACCGUCUGAGUGAGCUGGACGCGUCGGUCUUCCCUCGGCUGGAAGUGCUGCACUGUCAGAGGAACCGCCUCACACGUCUGCGUCUGCGCGGCUGCGCUCUCAAAGCUGUCUACGCCUCCAGCAACGAGCUGCAGGAGCUGGAGCUGAGUCCCGCCGCCGCCAGCCUCACAUAUCUGGACAUCUCCAGGAACUGCAUGAAGGCUCUUCCUGAUUGGCUGAGUGACAGCAGGAAGCUGGAGGUUCUAGACAUCAGUCAUAAUCACAUCACUGAGCUUCCUCCGUGGCUGCUGUGCAGUGUGAGUCUGAGGAAGGUUCUGGCGGGUCACAAUCAUCUGAAGCGUCUGCCGGAGCGUGUGGAGCGUCCAGCGCUGGAGGUGCUAGACCUGCAACACAACCACCUGAUCGAGCUGCCCUGCAACCUGUUCCUCAAAUCAGAGAGUUUGCGGUGUGUGAACGCGUCUGCUAAUAAGCUGGAGAAUCUGCCUCCGUCCAGUCUGUCAGAGGAGAGCAGCAGCGUCCUGCAGGAGCUGUACCUGACCAACAACCACCUGACGGACAGGUGUGUGCCUCAGCUGACCGGACACACACACCUGAGGAUCCUGCACAUGGCCUACAAUCACCUGCACACCUUCCCAGCCAGUAAAAUGGCCAAGCUGGAGGAGCUGGAGGAGCUGGACCUGAGUGGGAACAGGCUGAAGGCGGUGCCCACCACCAUCCUGAGCUGCAGACGCAUGCACACACUAGCGGCUCACUCCAACUGCAUCGAGGUGUUCCCCGAGGUCCUGCAGCUCCAGGAGAUGAAGUGUGUGGACCUGAGCUGUAACGAGCUGAGUGAGAUCACUUUACCUGACAGUCUACCUCCUAAACUUCAAGAGCUGGAUCUGACGGGAAACCUGCGUCUGACCCUGGACCACAAGACCCUCGAGCAGCUCAAUAACAUCCGCUGUUUCCGGAUAGACCCGCCCCCUUCAUCGUUCUCAGCCAAUGAGGCGGCAGGAGGGCCGGCUGUCUGGAGUCACGGCUACACCGAAGCCUCUGGCGUCAAGAACAAGCUGUGUGUGGCGGCGCUGUCGGUCAGCAGCUUCUGUGGCAGUAGAGAGGCUCUGUACGGUGUGUUUGACGGCGACAGGAACGUGGAGGUGCCGUAUUUAAUGCAGUGCACCAUGAACGACGUCCUGGCCGAGGAGCUGCACAGGACCAAGAGCGAGGAAGACUACAUGACCAACACCUUCCUCGUCAUGCAGAGGAAGUUGGGCACAGCAGGGCAGAAGCUGGGCGGCUCGGCGGCGCUCUGUCACAUCCGGCACGACCCCACUGACCCCGCCGGCUGCUUCACCCUCACCGCCGCUAACGUGGGCAAGUGUCAGGCCGUGCUGUGCCGCGACGGCAAGCCGCUUCCGCUGUCAGUGCUGCACAACAUCAGCAUCAGAGAGGAACACGACCGCGUGCAGCAGCAUAAAGCCAUCGUCACCGAGGACAACAAAGUGAACGGCGUAACAGACUCCACACGCAUCAUGGGCUACUCCUUCCUCUACCCAGCAGUCUUGCCUCGUCCGUACGUCACCACGCUCCCGCUGACCCCCAGAGAUGAGUUCUUCAUCCUGGGCAGCAGAGGUCUGUUUGAGGUCCUGGACCCCGGCGAGGCGGUGGAGGCCAUACGGAAGGUCCCCGAUGCGCUGGCGGCCGCUAAGAAGCUGUGCACGCUAGCUCAGUCGUACGGCUGCACCGACAGCCUCAGCGCCGUGGUGGUGCAGCUCAAUGUGGCGGAGGACUGCUGCUGCUGCUGCUGCGCGGCGUCUGCUGAACCCGGCUCUGGAAGCAUGCACACAGCGCCGCAGCCUCCGCCGAGCCCCGGACCGGGCCUGUACCCCGCCUCCUGCAGCGAGAUCAGCUCCGAGGUCAGUGCUUCCGAGAUGAGCUCCGAGGUGGGAUCCACUGCGUCCUCGGACGAGCCGCCGCUCCUGCUGCAGGACACACACCUCCACCUUCAUCCACCGAGCCACCCGCCGCAGCUGAACCCACGCCUGCCCUGCUGCUCGCUCCACCUCACGCCCAGCUCCGGGAGCUCCUUCCAGAGGCAGCUGUCCAGCGCCACCUUCUCCAGCGCGCUCUCCGACAACGGCUUGGACAGCGAGGACGAGGAGCCCAUCGCCGGAGUCUUCUCCAACGGCAGUCGGGUGGAGGUGGAGGCUGACGUCCACUGUCUGCUGCCACCUCCACCUCCUCCACCCUGCACCCCAGAGCCCCCGGAGAAGCUUCCCGAGGAGGCCGGGAAUGUUGUGGGAGCUGACACUUGGAGCAAGACCUUGGGGAAGCGGCGGGGAAACGGCUCGGUGGCGCCGCAGGAGCAGAGCCACAACCUGAUCGAGGUGGCGACCGAAGCUCCUUCUAAGAAACCUGGGGGUUACUUCACAGCGCCCUCUCAACCCGACCCCGACGACCAGUUCAUCAUCCCUCCGGAGCUGGAGGAGGAGGUGAAGGAGAUCAUGAAGCAGCAUCAGCAGGACCAGAGCGAGCGACCGGCCGACUCCUGCGACACGCCGCUCUGAAGCCCUUCUCUCCUCAUCUACUCAGUCUUCUGGCUUUCCAUCCGUAGCUCUUGGACGUAGGGCUGGGCGAUACAGCAAACCGCUAAAUCUUGAUAACAAUGUCAACUCAAAAACGUGACUUCAUGAUUCAAGCCACAUCCAAAUUUCAACACAUUCUGUGAAUAUUCUCAGUAUGUUACACUGCUUCAAAGAGCGUGUCGCACUGUUAGCGCUGUCAAAGUGUCUAAUUGUGUCUAAUUGUAACGUUUAAACCCUGGAUUCCUCUUAAAAUCAUCCUGAAACGUUUCAAUCAAAUGAAUCGCUAAUAUCGCCCAACCCUACGCGCAGACGUUCACCCAAAACUACAUCUAAUUUCUUGCACUAAUGCUGCAGCUGUGGAGUGACCCAGAAGCCCUUGCAGCAGUGUGCGGCUGAGUAAAUGAAGAGUGAAUGAAGCGGACGAGUCCAACAUCACGGAGCCCGAGCGAUCCCUUUAAGAGCAGAAGAAGAGCGUGACCCGUGCCUCACCCGUUUAAGUGUUUCACUACUGAUCACUGACUGUUUAACUUUAUUUACCUUUAACACCAUACCUAUAGGAUUCAACACUAGUAUUGCGAUGUUAGCGGUCAUUACCAACAAGACUAUUUUGAUAUUCUGAUUUAGUUUUUUAGUUACCAUAUCUUUUUAUGCGAGAGAAGCUACAACAGACUUUAAGUUGAUUUAAAAUCAGGAGAUUGUGUUGUACGGUACACACUAGUAAAACCACACUUAACUGUUGUAGAUAGGGCACUUAAAGUAAUACUGUAUCUCUUCAGUAAAUCAAGGCUUCGCGCCUGUAUAAAAACUAGAAAUUUAGUGGAAAUUUGAAAGACUAACUCCUAGGAGUUGCUUACUCUUUUAUGGUGACUUCGUCACUUUUACUAAUCUUCUCUGCGAGAAAUUGUGAUUUUUUCUUUUCCUCUUUCCAAUGACUGUAAAUAAGAAAAAUAUUGUAUACCAGUGCUUUUUAAGGGAACUGUGUGUCUAGAAGAAGAUGACCCUUUAUGCAUUCAUGCCAAUAGAUGUAUAUGUACGAGAAGCACACACACACACACACACACACACACCACCUGUAAAUGAACUGUGCUGUCGUCACUCGCUGAUCAAUGAGCCACACACACACACACACACACACACACACAGUCUCACACCAGCAUGACUGUGUCAAGUCCUGUAAUGCAGAACAGUACAUCAGUAAGGAAUUAUACUCAGACCAAGCACACGAACAGUUCCUGGUUUUGUUAUAAUAAAUCUUAAAUUUAUGACUCUAAA